AUGACGGUUCUUUUGUAUCUACUGGCCUGCGGUCUAGGCAUCCAGGUAGGAACCCCAAGCCCGAUACCUCUUCAAGUCCAAGGCUCUUGGAACCCAAACUCUUCAGGAAGACGUCCCCAUCAGCACCGGAAUUGGGCACCGUCUUCCUCACAUCACUACUACGGCAGGCAAAAAGAUUCAGAUCAGAGUAUAGUCACUGUGUGUACGCGCCGCUACCUAGAUUUCCUGCACGGCACAUCGGAGCUCACGAAGGAGCACUUUUGCUUAUAA